UAAAGCUAGGUUUGCCAAACCAGAGACUCAAACCCAUCUCUUAAAAGAAAAACAAUAAAAAAAAAAAAACACCAUUCUUCUUUUUUCUUUUCUUCAAAGAAAAAAAUAAUGGCGGCAUCUUCUAGAAAAUCAAGAACCACUGUACUUCGAUCCCUUUCACCUUCACCUAGAUUCUCCAAUUCACAACAACAACAAUCUUCUUCCGCUUUCGCAUCUUCAACCUCAAGUUUCACUUCUCGUUCUUCAACUUUUUUUCGAGCCUCUACCUCUCCGACACGUGUCAGUCUAUACGGUUCAUCACCGUCUGUAUCUUCUUCGUCGGUUCGAUUCUCACUAGACCGUUCAAUUUCACCGAACCGGUCUAUUUCCGCCGUACCUCAAACCGGUGUUAAGAAACAGAGUAGUAGCCAACCGAAACGAACUUGCAUGUGUUCUCCUACGACUCAUCCUGGUUCGUUUCGUUGUAGUCUUCAUAAAGGCUUUGGCUCACGCGCCACCACGACACCGUAUUCACAGAAUCGGCUUAACGCGCGUAGAUCUGCUAUGACGAAUUCGUUAGUUAGAAUUCGUGGUGUUGAAGGAGAUCUCGUGAAAAGAGCGCUUGCGGCUUUGAUUCGACCUUCCUCGCAUCAGCAGAAAAGGAGAGGAGAUUUUCAUCCAAGACCUAGUAGACUCUCCGUCAUGAGCAAAGCUGAAGAUAGAUGAAUUCGGUUUCCGGCCACCGCUGAAGGAAAUAUGAUAUGUUGGGAGGCAAGUGGGGAAUGAUGGAUGAGGUGGAAGAUGGAUGGAUUUGGAUGAAAUUAUGGUAACAGUAUAAAGUUUUGUGGAAAAGGAAAACAGAGUGAUUGUUUUUUUAUGGAUGAUGACUCAUCAUGAUGGUGGAUCCAUUACAUACAAACCCCAAGCUAAAGGCAAAGAUGGAGUACUAAGAAAUAAGAAUGAUGUAUACCAUUAGAUUAGUACUAGAUGAUAGUAUGGAAUGAUGAAUGGUGCUGAACAGAAUUCUGGAAAAUGACAUCCAUGUGGUAUCAUGGGAAGAGUACAGAAAGUGAAAGAACCUUGAAGAAGAUACAAACAUUAUUAUCGGGUGAAAAGCGGAAAAAUAAAUAAAUAAAUUUUACAUAGUGAAACAAUAAAAAAUAAAAAUAACUUUUAUACGAGGAAAAUAUAAUACAACAAAAUAUAUAUUAUAUAAUAUAAGAUAUUAUUUGUGUGUCAAAAAAAAUAUAAGAUAUUAUUUGAUAUUUUAUUUAAACUAAUUAAAGAGAUAACUAAUAUUAAAAUUUUCUCAAUACAAAAACAAAUAUUAUUGUUGAAACCAGGGGCGUGGUUACCAGAAAAAUACUA